AUGGCGUCCAACGCGACAGACCAGGAUGAGAUCGUCUCCCAGUUUUGCGCCAUGACGGGGACCCGUCCGUCUGAGGCUCGCCAGUUCUUGGACGCGAACGAGUGGGACAUCGAGGCCGCAGUCACGGAAUUCUUCGCAGAGCAGGAUGAGGCACUACAAGAUGCGAAUGCUGGAGGUGGACGACGACUGGGAUCGGAUGAACCUGCACCCCAGCCGUCUGGCGGUCGGACACUGGGAGGGGCUCCUGCUCCCGCCUCUGCUUCUGCCCCUCGCCAAUCUACCCAAGCGCGACGACCUCAACAGAAGAAGUUUGCGACAUUGGGAGACUUGCAAGCCAGCAGUGGCGCUGGAGAGUCCACCGACGAUGAGGACGAAAACCAGGACUUCUUCGCUGGCGGUGAAAAGUCGGGCCUCGCCGUGCAGAACCCUGAUGACAUCAAGCAGAAGAUCUUGGAAAAGGCGAUGAGGGCACAACCUCCGCCAGCAGAUGAUACCAAAACCAAGAAAACGUACUUCACCGGCACUGCGCGCACCUUGGGAGGAGACGACACCCCUAGCCAGAUCAUUCCAGACCCGAACGAGGGCCGACCGCAACGGCCGCCCCGAGUCCGUCGGACGCUACACUUCUGGGCGGAUGGCUUUUCGGUGGAUGACGGCGAGCUGUUCCGGUCGGAUGACCCUCGCAACGCAGAGAUCCUAGAUGGCAUUCGUCGUGGACGCGCUCCGCUGUCAAUCAUGAAUGUCCAGCCGGGCCAGGAGGUCGAUGUCGAGAUCAAACAACACGACGAAAAAUACGUCAAGCCCAAACCGAAGUACAAGCCAUUCUCCGGGCCGGGGCAGCGACUGGGCAGUCCUACACCGGCUAUCCGAACCUCUCAAGCAGAGACUACCCCUGCACCUGCUGCUGCAGAGCCGCCAAAGCCUGAGAUCGAUGAGUCACAGCCAAUUGUCACCCUGCAGAUCCGCCUGGGAGACGGAACGAGACUGACGUCGCGGUUCAAUACGUCACACACGAUUGGAGAUGUCUACAACUUUGUCGCAGCGGCCAGCCCUGCCAGCCAGGCGCGACCGUGGGUGCUGAUGACUACGUUUCCCAGUAAAGAGCUGACAGACAAGUCGGCGGUGCUGGGCGAUUUGCCUGAUUUUAAACGGGGUGGAGUUGUGGUGCAGAAGUGGCAGUAA